AUGCAGUCCGCAAUCCGCAAUUGCGUCCAGCCCUGCUCUUAUAGGUCAAGAAGGCGUUGGAAGUUUGGCAUUGACUUUGUUGUUGACAUAAAAAGCGAAGUGGACAGUGAAGAAGAUAAUGAAGAGGAUGAGGAAGAUGAAGUCGAUGAUGAAGAUGAAGAGGAGGAGGACGACAAUGAUGAAGAAUACGAAAGUUUUGAAGAUUCAGAAAAUGAAGAAGAAAAUAAUUUAAAUAAUUUUGCAUCAACCUCAAAAGAAAUGAACACAUUUAGUGGCAUUGCAGAGCGUUUAUCUGGAAAUUUUCAAGUUAAACCUUCACAUAGAAUAAAUUGGGAAAAGAUUGUUUAUGAAUCUAAUGAAGAUGGUCUUAAAAAUGAGAAAAAUGUUGCUUCGACAUCCAAAAAAGACAGAACUUUUGGUGGUGGUCUUUUUAAAAUUCCUGAAAAUGUUUUUAAUUCGAGAAAUAAAAUUUAUUUGAAAGACAAAGAUGACGGAAAAUUGUGGUCAUUUGAAAUGUUUAAUAAUAAAAGUGAAAAUUGUUUGGAUUGGAAUGAUAAUUGGGUCAGAGAUUCAAUUCGUGAUUGUUGGGUAACUGGAGAGUGGGAAAACGAAGAUGACAAUGAAGAAAUAAGUGACGACGAAGAAAUUAAUAAAAUUUCAAAAGGUGGAUUAGAAAAAAUUAAAAUUGAGAAAAAAGAAGCUUCUUCCCAAAAUUCGGAUGAUGAUGAAAUGAAUUAUGAUUCAGAUGAAAUGAUCGAUUUUGAUAUGAGUGAAAAUAUGGAAGAAAAAGUGACUAAAGAUAUGGAUGAUAGCAAUGCGAAUUUAGGCGAGAAUGAAGAGAAAAAUGAAGGUGAAGAACCUAUACAAAAAGAAAAGAAAGACAGAUUAAAACAACAAUUUGAUGCUGAAUUUGACAGUACAAAUGCAAAAUAUAAUGAAAUGAAGGAAGAAUAUGAAAAACAAUCAAAAUUAAACAAAGCAGCUUUUGAAGAUUUGGAUGAAACAAAAAGAGCAGAAUUGGAAGGUUUUCGGCCUGGUUUGUAUGUAAAAAUUGAAAUUGAUAAUAUUCCUGCAUCAUUUAUUGAGUGUAUGGACCUGCGUUUUCCGUAUAUUAUUGGUGGUCUUUUGCCUGGAGAACAAAAUAAUGGUUAUGUUAAAGUUCGAAUCAAAAAACAUCGUUGGUAUGAUCGUUUACUUAAAUCUAGAGACCCUUUAAUUAUUUCUUGUGGAUGGAGAAGAUUUCAAACAAUGGUUAUUUAUUCUGUUCUAGAUCAUGACCACAGAGAAAGAUUCUUUAAAUAUACGCCAAAAGAAGCUUUUUGUCAUGGAGUUUUUUGGGCACCUUUUGUGGCACAAAAUACUGGAUUUUUGGGGUUACAAUCUGUUGAUGAGGAAGUGAAAUCAUUUCGUAUUGCAGCAACAGGUGUUGUACUUGGUGUAGAUAAAUCAACACAAAUUGUUAAAAAAUUAAAAUUAAUUGGACAACCAUUAGAAAUAUAUAAAAAGACUGCUUUUAUUAAAGGAAUGUUUAAUAGUGCAUUAGAAGUUGCAAGAUUUCAAGGAGCUGCAAUUCGUACAGUUAGUGGAAUACGUGGAAUAGUUAAAAAGGCUAUUAAGACACCUGAUGGAGCUUUUAGAGCUUCUUUUGAAGACAAAAUUGCUGGAAAUGAUAUAAUAUUCCUCAAGGCUUGGGUUGAUGUCCCCGUUCCAGAAUUCUUUGUUACAAUGACAGAUAAAUUGUUGCCUACAGUUGAAAAAUGGCUAGGAAUGCGUACAGUUGGAAGACUACGACACGAAUUGGGGUUAAAAAUUGAACAAAAAGAAGAUUCUGGUUAUCACAGGAAUUUAAAAAAUCAAUUAGUAGAACGUCCAUAUAUUAAAUCAGAAUUGGUUAUACCCAAAAAAUUGCAAAAACAACUUCCAUAUAAUUUAAAACCUAAAAUAGAAAAAUUAACGGGCAGAAGAAAUGAAAAUAAAAAUAAAUCAGAAUUAAUACAAAAACAUACAGCAUUAAUACUUGAACCUAAAGAAAGUAGAUUACACGCAAUGAUGAAGAUGUUAAAGACAGUAAAUGAAGAUAAAAGAGAAAAAGAGAAGGAAAUGAAUGAAGCGAGGCUAGAAAAACGGAAAAAGGAAUUAUCCAAAAUUAACGAAAAACGGACAAAGAAAAUGAAAGAAACCAGAAAAGCUUAUUGUAGGAAUUUAUCGAAAAGGGAGGGUAAACAGAUAAAAGAUGCUAUAGAAACGAUUGGGGCUUAA